UCCCCUUCCCAUCCCUUCUGUCUUUCUCUAAAACCUUACCAGGCGAAUCCAUAUCAUUAAUAUUUCAGCCUCGGCUCCUGGCAGACAUUGGCUACGCUGCAACCCAGCUCAUCGAUAAGAGCUGGCAAGGAGGGGGAGCAGCCCACUGCAUGCCUCUGGCAGAGGAGUAAGAGCCAGAGAGACUUCGGUGAGAAAAAGUGAGCUCAGAAGGACUCUGCAGAGCUGAGCCAGCCAGCAGCAUCUCUCUCUUGCACUUUCUCUGAGAGAAGAGCUUGCUUUCCACAGAGAACUUCCCUGCAGUUACACAAGAGCAAAGCCAUCAUGGAUGUCUUUAAGAAAGGUUUUUCCAUCGCCAAGGAGGGUGUGGUGGCUGCUGCUGAAAAGACCAAGCAGGGGGUGACUGAAGCUGCAGAGAAGACCAAGGAAGGGGUGAUGUAUGUAGGGGCCAAAACCAAAGAGGGUGUAGUACAGAGUGUCACUUCAGUUGCUGAGAAGACCAAAGAACAGGCCAACCUCGUGGGUGAAAGCGUAGUGGCCAGUGUGAACACAGUGGCAAAACAGACUGUAGAAGGAGCAGAGACUGUAGUAUCUUCCACUGGGGUUGUAAAAAUGGAGGAUUUACACCCAGAGCAGCCUGAAGAGCCACUUGCUGAUGCAGAAGAAGACGCCCCAGUGGAAGCCACAGAAACCAGUCCAGAGGUAAAGCACAGUCACAGCCCAGCUAACCCCCGAAUCAUUGGCUGGUCUGGGGUUUUUCUCGCCAUCUAUUGUUCUUUCCUUACUUUCUCUGUGCUGAGCUGGUUUCCAUUUGUUUUCUGCAUACAGGGUGAAAAUGAAGGAUAUUAACCCCCCUCCGGUCUUCUAGUGUGAAAAAAAUUGGGAAUCCAGGAGUAAAUACAGAAAUGUUAGCUGACACCAGAGCAGGGAAAUCACUCAUACCCUAGGCUAACUUCAUUCAGCACUACAGCCUCACUUGCCUCAUCCCAACUUACCAUAAGUGUCUGGCAGAUCAUAUGUUUUAGGGCAGGUGUGUGCAGCACAAUUUGUGUCUCCCUUACUUUUGUGGCUUCCUUCUUUGCCCAUCUCCAUGCCUUCUAAGUGUAUGGCCCGAUAGCUGCGUGAUGCCAUUAGCACAGUGGUAAUUGGAAUUGCUGAUUAAUUUCUUUUCGCCCAUUAGUGUCAGCACUUGAUAUCGCUAGAAAAGGUGGACAUAUUUUUAUUUCUAAAGAAACAAAAUAAAACAACUUGUUUCAACUAA